GGAAGAAAGAAAAAGUGCAUAAAACUAGUAUUGUACAACAUCAGGAGUCAACUAUUUUAUUUAGUAACAUUUUGGUUUAUGGCAAAAGCAUCGUCCAUAAUGGCAUCAUCCGCGAAAAAGUCAGACACGUCAAAAUUUGGCAGAGGUGGAGUUGUGUCAUUGACACAAUUAGCUUCCAUAUUUUUGCCUUUGUUCAAAUUCAUGGAAGCUUGAAAUAAUUCCACCAGAUGCUUUGCAGUACGGCAUUUGUUAGCCCAAUGCCCCGUCAUGCCACACUUGUAACAAGUCGUCUUCACCGAGGAUUUUAUAGGGCGAUUUAUUUGAUGGGCCUUUUGUUUGCCCUUGCCCUUAUAAUUUGGUCUUUUGACCUGUUUGAAUUCUCAGUGUGACUUGUUUUUAUGACCAUUAAAAUGCCCACGUUUAAAAUGCCUUCUACUGCCACUGUAUGUUGCAAUUGAUUCAGUGGCUAAAUUAUGGCCAGAUGGACCAUAAACCGAAGGACUAUAACCAGUGGAUCUCAGAUUAUGAUUUUUCAUCAAAAGGUCAUUAUUUUGCUCAGCUACCAAUAAUACUGAUAUUAAGUCGGAGUUUUUUUAAAACCUUUUUCUCUAUAUUGCUGCUAUAGCAGCAUAUUAGAAAUAUGCAUUGUAGAAAAGGUUUUCUCCAACAUAUCAGCAUCAGUGACUUUUUGUCCACAUAACUUUAGUUUAGAUGUUAUUUGGAACAUAGCAGAAUUAUAGUCACUGAUAGAUUUAAAGUCCUGGAAUCUUAGAUUGAUCCAGUCAUACUGAGCUUUUGGUAAAGUACCUUUUGUUGGUAGCCAUAUCUCUCCUGUAAAUUGUCCCAUAAUUCUUUUGAGUUAUCAACCAAAAGAUAUUCAGAUUUGAGACUUUCAUGGAGAUGAUGACGGAGAAAAAUUAUAGCUUUCGCUUUAUCCUGGGAGGAUGAUUUAUUAUCAGCCUCAAUGGUGUCUUCAAGACCAUUAGCCUUUAAAUGUGCUAAAGCAUCAACUUUCCAUUCCAAAUUUUUUUGACCGGACAAAUCAAGAACGUCGAAUUCUCGUUUGCUAAUAUUUGCCAUGAUAUACUACAAAAAUCAUUAAUACAAAUUUAGUAAAACCGUAUUAAUUAUAGUUUGAUCAAUGUUUUACUUUAUAUUUUAGAGAAUUAUAAAGCUUAUGGAUAUUGAUGCAUAUCUGUAAAUACAAAUUCAAAAGAAAGACACAUAGAAGUGUAGUACUAUGUAAACUAAGUUUCUAACUCACACGUCAUGCAUCUCUUGUUUUAUGUAUUUGAAGAAAAUUAUUCUUAAUUACUUUGAAUGGUUUUGGCAGAUAAAAACAAAAAUAACCGAAUAGUAAUUCAAUAGGAACUCUGAAGCAUUCUAACUUAUAUUACUCAGAAAAAUGGUAUUCUGUAUUAAGUUCUUGCAUUAAAGCAGUAGUACUGUGAUUCAAAAUACGGAGUAGUAAUCUAUUUACUUUUAUUUAUUUACAGGUCUCAUUAAAUAAAAAUAAUAAUUCACUUCUUGCUUAAAGCCAAGAACAAAACAAGCAUUCACAUGGCGAAAAAACAGGUCUCGUGACAUGCUAUGAAUGCAGUCAGAGGAUAAGUCAAAAAUAAAACAAGAUCUAUGCUUCCUUGAAUUUUGAUAGGUUAUAAAUGUGGUAAUUGUUUGUUGUUAUGACAACUUGAAAUUGGUCAGAUCAAACCAUUAUAAACGUCAGAGAAAAAAGGUUGCAUGUUCAUUUCAUUUUAAAUAUUAGCUUAAGAAAUCCACACUACUAGAGAUAACUCUGUAUUGUGGAGUUGUAGUUCGAGUCAUAUUUAACUAUCCCAUCUCUUACCAAGUACUAUGUAUUACAUAUUUCCAUAUUUCUUAUUUAUGGUGUUAUAGUGGUGUUAUCUUAACUUUUCUUCUAUACUAUUAUGCUGCCUUUCCCCCAAGUAUUACCAUGUUGCUCGUUUCCUAUUCGUUUAACAUUAGAUUGAAGAAAAAGAGUAUCACAGUGUUGAGGGUAAGUCCCGUAGAUCCGAAAGUCCAACACGAACUUUGGAUAUCUCAGGAAUGGCUCAGAAUCAAAGCGUAAAAGAAAAUAUAAGAUCUGAACUAACUAAAACUCGAAAGCUCACUUGUAUUAAUUAACCAAUCUGAUUACAAGGAAUUUCCAGAUCGGUAAGUCGGAAACUAUGCUUUAAUACAAGAAGUAAGGGCAAAUGAUGCUAUUCUAGAGCUUGAGUAUUGAAAUGCUAACCCUUACAAUGAUUUGAAACCUUCUAUUUAUACUAAUGGAGAGCAUGGGCUGCCUCUUGCUGAUUGGCCGUUGUUCCACCGACUUGGUCAUCCAUGCUUCCACUUGCUGAUGUCAUAGUCUGGCAUUAACUGCACCUGGCCACUUGCUGGUUGGCCGUUGCUCGAACGGGAUGUUGGUCCGUACUGAAGAUGCUGUCAAAUUGGCCCAAGUAUAAUAUAUAGCCCGAACCUCGUUCGGUAUGUCUUCUUAUUGGGCCAACCUUUAUUUGGGCCGGACCCCGUUCGGUAUGUCUCCUUACUGGAUCUUUUCAUCAUAGAGUGAUGGGCCUGUUACUUGGGUCGGAUAUCUUGGGCCUUCCCGAUCUGGGUAUUGGGCCUCUAGGUCAAUAUCCCAACACAAGUCCCCCACUUCCGAUGUCUCGAACGAAGUGAGUGCAUCUGGAAGUAUACCAAUGUCAUAAUACCCCGAAUGGCGAUCGGGGUACAGAAGUAAUCAGUUCCCCAUGCUGCGAUUUGACGGCUGCCACUUCAUUUCCCCAUAUUCAUCAUGAUAACCGUCGUUUAGUCUUUUCAUUAGACGCGUGUUUAGCUUAUUUGCUCUUAGUGAUGUGUCGCUCUCUGAUUGGUUCUCGACACGGCGGUUUCAAGGCUAUAAAUUAGCCCUUAACUCCUCAAUUCCGGGUUUCGACUCUGCAAUUCCUUGGCCUUCGUUGUUUCCUCUGCAAAUUUCCCCCUGCUUCCCUUGCUCAGGUAAUUUCCCAACUUUGGAUUCCCCAUCUUCAUUUCUGGCUUCGAUCGAGAUGAGCCCCAAAGAGCAUUCCUCUGAUUCGGAGAUGGCCUCUCAUGGAGAUGACCGUGACACCGCCAUUGUAGAUGCCAUCCCAGUUCCGUUUGCCGGUGUUUCUACUGAGACGGCGACGAAUACCAGGGCUGAGGCGGAGGACCUCCCUAGCACUUCUUCUUCCUCCAGUGAAGAUUCUGAUGACACCAAAUCCGAGGACGAAAUAGCCUCCAUGGCGGCCGGACGUCCCAACGAUGUUCCUCGCCAUACUCUUGACCUAAAAUUGAUUAGGGAGAGAAGGCAAAAAUUGACCUCUCACAAUAGGGCCGAAAUUCCGGCCCUUAUUCCUGACCCGGUGAAUUUCCGUUUGCAAGCCGGGCUUCACCCAAUGCGUCAUAGGCCCGGAAUGACCAUAGUCCAUUUUGACUCGAUUAGGGCCGGCCUUAGAUUUCCGCUACACCCCUUUUUCAUUUCUUUCUUCAAUUUCUACGAAGUUGUACUGGCCCAGAUUAUGCCGAACUCUUAUCGAGCAAUGGCGGGUUUCAUUUGUCGUUGCAAAGAUGCCGACGCCCGACCAACCCUAGAACUCUUCCACCAAUUUUUCAAAGUAGCCCCUCAACAAACCCAUGGCUAUCUGGCCACUAGUGCCCGAACGGGACACAUCCUGUUCAAAGGAAACCCAACUUCGAUCAAAGGGUGGAAAGACCGGUUUUUCUUCGUGUCCAUCCCGGACGGUCUGAUUCCCCGCAAAUGGAAUGCCUUUCCCCGCAAAACCCCUGAUCCUGUCCUCACUGAAGAAAUCUACAAGGACGUGCUUGCUGUGGAGAAGGAUAAAUGCAUGGACAUCAUGAAUUAUCUGACCCCCAAACGAAUUAUAACAGCCGGGAUAGGUACUGCCCGUUCUCUUGGGUUUACUUGUUUUGAUAAACCAAGUGCCUUGGUCCGGGCGGUCCUUCCCGUGCGAGAAACGUUCUUUUAUUCUUUUUUUUCUAGUUUCUCACACGCUAGGGCCGCUCGAUACUAACAUUGUUCUUUGUCUUUUUUCAGCACCCAACCCAGAUCUCCCUAUGGAUGAUAGCAGAGUCAUCGCAGCCGGUGGGGCCGGAAAACGGAAGAAAUCCAGGAAGAAUCCACAACCUACUCCCUCCAUUAUUCCCGCUCAGGAGGCUGCCCCUUCUGAACCGCUUCCAGAGCCUCAGCCAAUACAGCAGGUCCACCAGGACCAAUUAGAGGCCAUGCUGAUCGACGAGCGGUUCGGCUCUGAUCAACUGCACCAAUUUUCCCAGCAUUUCGACUCCGUUCGGGGAGAACCCUCGAAUGCUGGCGAGACUCACACCGACCAUAUUACGGGUCAGGUCGAGCGGAUCUCCCUAUCCGACCCUGUCCAUGAGGUAUUAGAGAGGGCCGGCUCUACCGCGAGCCAGAUCUGGUCAACCUCCUCUUGGUUCAACAACUUUUCCCUUCCUCAGUUGCCGGUCGAGCAAUCUGAAGAAUGGCUGGCUCUGACUGCUCUGAAGGUAUACUGUCUUUUGCGCUUUGUCUUUAUUUUAUUCUCUGUAACCAGUACUAAUUUCUCGAACGGUAUUCUGUAGAUGGGCUUGUACACCCUUCAGAUGCGGGAGGCCCGCCUGGCCAAAGAGCGGGAACUGAUUGUUGCCCAGUCUUCUGCUGAGCAACAUGCUGCUGCUGCCAUCGCCUCUCUAAAGGCCGAACGGAAAGCCUUUGCAGAGGAAAAGAAGAGGCUGGAUGCUGAACUCGGUACCCUUCGGGUCCAACUCGCAGCUUCCCAGGCAAAGGUCCUUGCCGCUGAGGCCGCACAGGUUAGAUUUGAGGAAAUGCCAUCCAGCAUCCCGGAGGGUCCCUAUGAGGUGAAUGUGGAUCUGUCCGCCGUCCGAGACACGUUUAAAUCCUCUGAUGAAUUCUCCGCCAUCAAGGAUGAUCAUGCAAGGGCCCAAAUCCCGUUCGCCUUUGGGGCGUAUUUGAAGGGUUUCCCCAAAGGCGUUGGUCGGCUAUCGGCAGGGGUGGCCCUCUUAGAUAAGGACCCCGAGGCUAAAAAAUGGAACGACUCCAUUGUCUCAGACCUUUAUGGCAAAAUUGGCCAGGUCUUGCUGCGUCCCUUCGUCAAUCAGCUCCAAAAUCAUCUGGGGAGGCCGGUUCAGGCUUCUGACCUCCCCGCAGAUGACAUUAUCCAGACUCAGUUUGAGAAAUUCCUGCGAGCUCAGCAGAGGGAAGCCGAUCGGGCUGCGGGGAAAGAGCCUGAACCCCUGUCUGAUGAUGGUGAGGAUGAGGACGAAGAGGGAGAUGAAAUGGCCCCCGAUCAAUAAUUCAUAUGUACUCUUGUAAUUCUUGUUGUAAUUUUCUUUUUUCCAAGUAGCUUGUAUUUCCCGAUCAGUAGCACCGAUGAAUAUAUAUCCCUUUUGCCUGAAACUUUGUGUACUGUCUUUUCUGUCUUUAAUGCAUGAUUUACUCGUCAUUCGGGAUUCGGUCUGUUUUGUAGGACUUAGCAAUUUCCUAACUCAGUUCUUGCUCAAAUAUUCUUAAUGUCGUUGAUCGCCGUUCGGGCUUUUAGAAAGUUCUGAUAAUUUAUUUAAGGAAAAAACCCCUUCCCCCUGGUACUCAGCCGUUCGGGCUUCAUACCAAUUUUUAGGACUUAGCCGUUUUCUUCCAGAUAACCUUUUACAAUAUUGUUGCCCGGUCGGGCUUCAGGUUGACAUUUAGGACUUAGCAUUUUUCUAAACAGCAAGCCCCUGUGAUCUUUGCUAAUCCUCUGUAAGCCCGUCCGGGGUACGUGCACAAAAAAUGAAUCAUAAAUGCCCCAAAUUAAUCGUAACCACCCCAUGCCACGUGUUGCUCAUGGAUUAGGGAUUUGUGCGGCACUUUCCCUAUUUAUAGAGAGGUGCUUCCCCUAAUUUCUCAUGUUGUUUUCUCAUUUUUCUUUCGAGCUUUCUCUCUCUAGAAUUCCAUUGCAUACUCUCAAGCCUUCUCUCUCUAGAAUUCCCAAAUUUCCUCCAGCGUUUUUAUGUACUACUCCUCUAGCUCAGAAUCUGAAGAGAUGCCUUUGAUCCGCAAAAGCAAAACAUCCGCUGGUAACCAGGCCGAAGGCUCUUCGUCCCAAACACCCAAACCCGCCAAUCCUCAGGCCAGCAAACAUAUCGAACAGCCACAGGAGGAUGGAUGUCUGUCUGGAGAUGACCUCCAGGUUUACAACAAAGGGAUGCCCGAGCGGCCACCCCGCAUUGCCCUACACUUCAAUCGCAUACGCAAAUACAAACAACGUCUCCCAGAAGAUGUUGAACGGCAACUUAGCUAGUUGUUGCCCCCACCAAGAGAAUACUAUGCCGGAUUCAUUCGGCACCCUAUGAGGCACAGACCGGGGCACGUGCUAGUACACCUUGAUGCUCUGACUGCUGGACUUCGGUUCCCUCUCCAUUCAUUCAUAGUGGAGUUCUUACGCCGGGUUGCUGUACUGCCCGCUCAGUUCGUGCCCAGCACCUACCGUAUUCUGACAGGCUUCAUUAUCCGGUGCCACGAGUUGAGGAUCACCCCCAGCGUCGAUCUGUUCCUUUAUCAUUACUGCUAUCAGCCCUACUGGACGACCGGGUACCUGAAACUGGUAGCUCGUUCUGACCGUCAGCUGUUCAAAGAGAACGUUACCCCGCAGGCUGACUGGGAAGAGCGGUUUUUGUUCGUUCGGGUAGGCGAUUCUCUGCCAUUCCCGGAUAGGUGGAACGCAUACCCCGUUCGGGAUUCCCUGCCCAGGGUGGAUGCCGUUCUACGCUCCCAAGCUGAGUCUUUGCGGAUGGGAGGGACCAGAAGUCUUCGCAGCUUUGUCACUACCUCGAGCAUGCUAUCUGCUGGAAUCGGUAAGCAUAGUAGGGUUUUAACCCGAUCAUCCUUCGCUCUCACAAUUCAACUUCUUAUUUUUUAUUUCUCUUUCUUGUAGGUGUGAUAUCUCCCAUACCCGUCCGGCGUUCUAUCUCUUCUGCUAAAGGGAAGGAGAAGAUGAUAGCCGAUCAUGAUUCAGCGGAGCAAAUCUGCAAAAAGCGCAAAGGAAAUGAUGGCGAUCACCUGAUCCCGAUCGACCAUGUGGUUGACUUGAUCGGGCCGGAGGUCGAGCCCAAAAGAUCGAUGCCUGCCAACAAACCAACUCUGGUUCUUACUGCCACACCGAUCGAUGAUCGGAUGUUUGUUGAAUUUUCAAAUAUGGGGCCUAGAUCAGAGGGGAGGUAUCUGUUCGGGCUGAUGCCAUCUUCUAUGUGGUGUCAUACUGCGAUCAAGGUUCCCCCUAGAUUCACCAACUUGACUCACUGGUCAGACCUUUUCGAAGCAGGUCACCAGGAAGCACUCAAGGUACAUUUCAUUCCGACCCAUACCUUUCUAUUAUUCAUGUUUUACCUUUUCUGACUUUCAUUGUAACCUUGUUUUCAGGCUGGCGUGUAUUAUCACAAGGCCUUUCUUGCUGCUGAGAAGGAGAUGAAAGCCCUGGCCAGCGAUCGGGAUGAUAGCCAGGUCCUCCUUUCCGCUGCUCGGAAGUUAGUGACCGACCUCUAAGAGCAGGCCAAAGAGGGUGAGAAGGCAAAAGCUGCUCUGGCCGAGAUGCAGGAGACGUCCCGUCGUCGCGACCGGGAGCUCAAAGAACUCCGGGCCAAGGUGCGGGCUGCCGAAUCUGCUGGCAUUAAAUUUAAUAAGGCUGUCGGAGAUCAUCUGCCCGAACCCUACACGGUCAAUACUUCUCAGAUUGCUCAGCAAUCGGUAGUGGAUUUUCAAUGGGGCAAGGCGCUGAACGUCGCACUGGAGAAUACGGCCCGGCAAUUCCUAGGUCCUCACCUUGGCCAAUUUUUGCGUGAGAGCUCAGAUCCUAUCAAGGCAGGGAUCGACCUCCUGAACAGCACGCCGGAAGGGAAAUCUUUCUUGGAUGUCCUGACCGAGAAAACCGUAAAGCAAAGUCAGGACCUGCUUCUGGAUAGGAAUCUUGAACUGAUCUUAGAGCGUUUCCCCAAGCCGUUUGAUCCUGAUGAAUUAGGCUUCGAUGAUCUGUUCGGGAAUACGUAUGAUCGCGUCAUGGAGAAAAGAUCCAAAGCAGCGCCUGACGACGCAGUGCAGGCAGGGAGCUCUCAGCCUACAUCCUCCCCGAACGGCGAUCCUCCAGUAGUGUAGCCUUCUUUCCUUAUCUGUUGUCUCUUUUCUUGUAUAUUCAUUCUUCUUGUACAUUCCGGCUAGUAAUGCCGAAGAAUAAACUGGACUUUUUUCCUUUGUCUGUCGUAUUUUUUAUUCUUCCUUAGAUUUUUUGUUCACAAUCUUCUCUACGUGGCCGAACCUUACUCGGCUCAUGUAUCUUUAUAUCUGACACCUUUUCCGAACCCGUUUUGAUCCCUUUUCCUGUUCGUGACGCAUGGGUUCAAAACUCUUAGCUGAGGUGAAUUCCUCCAAGCCGUUUUGAUCGUGACCACAGGGUCAAACUCUCAGCUGGGAUAGGGGCUCCCUCCAAACUGUUAACACGUUCGACAUUCGGUCAUCCGGAAUGAUUUCACGUGUUAACAAGCUGAGGUGAGACUCUCUUCACAAUUGUUCUGACACCUUUCCCGAACCCGUUUUGAUCCCUUUUCCUGUUCGUGACGCACGGGUUCAAAACUCUUAGCUGAGGUGAAUUCCUCCAAGCCGUUUUGAUCGUGACCACAGGGUCAAACUCUCGGCUGGGAUAGGGGCUCCCUCCAAACUGCUAACCCGUUCGUCAUUCGGUCAUCCAGAAUGAUUUCAUGCGUUAACAAGCUGAGGUGAGGCUCUCUCCCUUCCAAACCCAUAAUUCCGAUGCAUUCCGAACUGUUCUCUCUGGCUCGUAUCAUCCAUAUUAGGGGUCUGAGGUAACCCUUUUCGAACUGUAAGUAAGAUCACCGAAGUUGGGUCAUUUCUUACUCAUAGCUAAAAGGGCGACUAGCUUCCAAGUCAAGUUUUAUGACUGAGGCGAGAUUUUUCAAAACCAUAGUUCCGAUUCCCCGGGCGACAAUCCGUACCUUAUCCGAACGUCGCUCGGUUAAUCCAUAUCUUACAGUCUUGACACCAUCUCCAAGCCGUUUUGAUCCCUUUGCCCGUACGUAAUUACAGGGUCGACUUUGGCUAAGUUGACGACUCAGCUCCCUCCAAGCUGUUAACCCGUUCGUCAUUCGGUCAUCCAGAAUGAUUCUACGUGUUAACAAGCUGAGGUGAGAAUCAUUGUCCUUCGAACUCCAGGCCAUUUUGAUCCCUUCAUCAAUGCGUAAUUACAGGGUCAAAACUCUUGCUGAAAUAAUGGCUCCCUCCAAACUGCUAAUAUGUUCGUCAUUCGGUUUUCCAGAAUCGAUUCUCAUAUUAACCGCUGAGGUGAGACUAUCUGAGCGUCAAGCUCCCAGCCGUUGGCUGAGAAUGACUUUCCUUCCAUGCUGUUAACUCGUUCGUCAUUCGGUCAUCCGGAAUGAUUGAGUUAACCACGGGCACCGAUUUUCUGAGCCUCAAUUCUUCAAGCCGUUUUUGAUCCCUUUAUUCUUACAUAAAUCUAGGGUCAAAAACUCUCUAAACUGAGAAUUGAUUUUCCUUCCAUGCUGCUAACCCGUUCGUCAUUCGGUCAUCCGGAAUGAUUGAGUUAACCACGGGCACCGAUUUUCUGAACCUCAAUUCUUCAAGCCGUUUUUUAUCCCUUUAUUCUUUCAUAAUUCUAGGGUCAAAAACUCUCUAAACUGAGAAUUGAUUUUCCUUCCAUGUUGUUAACCCGUUCGUCAUUCGGUUAUCCGGAAUGAUCGAGUUAACCAUGGGCUGAGUUUGUGGAAGUUAUGUCUCCCUCUCUAUUUUUUUUAUUUUUUUUUAGAGGUGGCAACAGCCGUUUUUACUGAUAAAAUCUCCUCAGAUGCUCCACAUUCCAAGUUCCUGCCGGUCGGCCUUCGGUAUUUUGUAGGCCAAACGUUCCUGAAGCAUACUUCUUACAUACUUGGUAGGGGCCUUCCCAAUUUUGUGCCAUUUUACCCCCUUCGAGCGGUUUGCUUUUCUCUCUCUUUCUUAGCACCAGGUCCCCUACCUCGAUUGAACGAACUUUAACCUGCUUAUCAAAGUAUCUUCCUGUGGCUCUGUGAUACUCUUCCAUUCGUGCCGCUGCCAGAUCCCUUCUUUCUUCUAUGAAAUACAAUUCGGCCCGUAAGUUAUCUUCAUUCUGUUCUGGGCUGUAAUGCACCGUUCGGUGUGUGGGAACUAGGAUCUCCGUUGGUACUUUGGCUUGAAAACCAUAGGCAAGGGCAAAUGGAGUCUCUCCCGUGGCCGUUCGGGGUGUAGUCCUGUAAGUCCACAGAAUGUAAUUCAACUGAUCAGGCCACGAUGAGGAGUAUUCUUCCAGCUUCUUCUUCAUGCCAUCCAUGAUAGUUCGGUUCAUAUUUUCUACCUGGCCAUUUGCCUGAGGGUAUGCGACGGACGCUCUGGAAUGCUUGAUCCCCCAUUUGACCAGGUAGUUCUCAAAAUUCCGGCUCACGAACUGCCUUCCAUUGUCAGUUAUAAUCUGUUCAGGGAUGCCGAACCGGCAAAUGAUAUUUUUCCAGACAAACUUCUGGCAUUUAACAUCUGUGAUGCUGGCCAGUGGCUCAGCCUCUACCCAUUUGGUGAAGUAAUCUAUCCCCACAAUGAUGUACUUGUUGUUUCCGGGUGCAGUAGGUAGAGAACCUAACAGGUCUAUUCCCCAUCUUGCAAAUGGAAGGGCCACCGUCAUUGGAGUGUAGAAAGUGGCAGGCCGUCCGAGAACCGGUGCGUAUAAUUGGCAUACCUUACAUUUCCUAGUAUGCCGAAGCAGUCCUGUUGGAUAGUUGGCCAAUAAUACCCUUGCAAGAUGAUUUUUCUGGCCAAUGUCUUGGGCCCUUGGUGGCUGGAACAGAUACCUUCAUGAAUCUCUUCCAUUACAGCUGUCGCUAGAUCGGGUGGGAGACAUUUCAGAUACGGCCCCCCAAAUGUCUUUUUGUACAGCUGCCCGUCCACCAAUUCGAACAUGGAAGCCCUCCUCUGGAUGCAUUUUAUUUGAUAAGCAGGAUUUUUAUCUUGUGGGAGGGUUCUGUCUUUUAGGUAGUUGGUCAUAUCCACGACCCAGCUCCGGAUGGCAUAAGAUAUGGCCUCGAUCUGGAGCACCAUGAUUGCUGGGGUUGCCAAUGUUUCCCGAUGGGCAAACGUUGGAUAUGAGCCGGGAUCUCCUGUGCCCGAUCGUCGAACGCUGCAUGCUCUAAUUUGGACAGGAUAUCUGCUUCAGUAUUUUCGAUUCUGGAUAUCUGGUCGAGCACCACCUGUUCAAAUUUGCGUAUCUGCUCCUCGACCAUUUCCUUGUAGGCCUUCAUCCUUUCUUCUUUGGCCUCAGUCGUGCCGUUCACUUGAUGUACCACCAAUUGACUGUCCGAUCGGACUUUUAACCGAUCGGCGUCCAGGGCCCUUGCAUACUUUAAACCAGCAAUGAGAGCCUCAUAUUCAGCCUCAUUGUUGGUCACCUUGAAAUCAAAAUGAAUGGAAUAAUAUGCUUUGAACCCCUCGGGCGAUGUGAUCACAGCUCCAGCUCCACAACCUUUGGCACUAGAUGCUCCAUCCACAUACAUUUCCCACCAGUUAUCCAGCCCGCUGUUCUCUGAAUCUUUUUCUGAGGGCCGGGCGGUACAUUCUGCAAUGAAAUCUGCCAGGGCCUGCCCUUGGAUAGUAGGCCGGGGUUUGAAA